UUUUCCAAGUUGCUUCUUCCAAAAUGUGGAAACUUCAGGCACUUGUUGUGCACAUCUUGUUGAUGGGCUCCAUUUUGAGCACAUACUUCCAGCCCACUUUACUGCCCAACCUCGUGCCGCAGAAGACGAUGCUCGACAUGGGACUGAAGCCGCCGGCGGAUCGAUUGGUGGUCUUUGUUACGGAUGGCUUGCGAGCGGCCACCUUUCUGGCGAACAAUGGCAGCGAUGUGCCGGAUCUGAAGGACAUAUACCGGAACCAAGGUCGCAUUGGAAUAUCCCGCUCUUGUGCGCCGACGAUGACACGACCUGGACACAUAGCCAUAUUCGGCGGCUUCAAUGAGGAUCCAGCAGCUGCUUUGGUCAACUAUCGCUACAAUCCCAGUGAUUUCGAUACCGUCUUCAAUCGCAGCAGGAAUAUGAUCGGCUGGGCUCACAGCAAUAUUGCCGGUUACUUCAUGGACCUAACACACGGUGGUGCUCCAUUAAGAUUUUAUACGUUUAGGGAAAGAGAUCUGCCGGAGAAGCUCACAUGCGACAAGUGGGUCUUCAAUAAGGUUGCCCAUUUCUUCAACAACAGCGACAAUGUUCGAGAGUGGCGCAAUCACAAGCCGGCCGUGCUCCUGGUCUAUUUGGCCGACAUGGAUAUAGCUGCUCAUCGGUUCGGGCCACUGACCAAGGAGUUCUUCAAAAAGCUUCAGUAUACACAGCGUGGUAUUAGGAAUACCUAUGAGCUCUUCGAACGCGUCUUUAAUGACAGCAAAACUGCUUAUCUGUUGACCUCCGAUCAUGGCAUGAGUAAUGAAGGAACCCAUGGCAGUGGUAGAUCCCUCGAAGUAGAAACACCCCUGUUUAUGUGGGGAGCUGGCGUAAAGCGAGAGGAAAUCGAUAUUGAUGCCAACUUCCCCAAGAAACCCAAUAUCUCCCAGGUGGAUCAGACCCAACUGGCGUCACUGAUGUCGGCUUUAAUUGGACUUCCACCUCCCAUGAAUAAUCUAGCCCUAAUGCCAGUGGGCUAUCUCAACGUGAGUGAUGAGUACCAGGCGGUGGCUUUGCAUCUGAACGUCUUGCAACUUUUGUCGCAAGCUGAAAUUCUUAUAAGGCGCCAUGAAAGUGCGUUGUUUUACAAGUGGCUGCCAAAGUUUAAUCAACUGCACUUAGAACUAAUUGAUCAGUAUGCGGCGCAGUUUGAUUUCCUGAAAGCACGGGGGAAUUUAACCGAGGCGAUGGAGAUAUGUCAGGAAUUCGGAAAACUGGCGAAGAAAUGCUUGGCAUACUACCAUGAAUAUUAUCGCACCCCUUUGAUUGUGUCCACCUCAUUGUCCUACUUGAUUUGGUUCUACUGCCUGCUGCUACAACUGACGAGAUUGUCCAAAAAGGAAAAGGUACACAGAAGGGGAUUUAUGACUUUCUCCACCCUGAUAUUGAUCAUGAUCGGUAUUCUACUCACUAUCACGCUGGAACUGCAAAAUGUGCCGCAUAUCACAGCAUUUUAUUUGAUUCUACCCGUUGGCAUGUUGAUCAUGGCUCAGGCUGAACGUCCCGUGAAAGGAUAUUGGAUAUCGCAUCCGAUAUGGCACUUUGGCUUUAUAUUACUGCCCGCUGUGUCAAUAAUGUUGAUGGCCUUCAUUUACAGGCACCUAUGGAUUCUAUAUGGAAUUUCCGUACUCCUUAACAACCGCAGAGCCCUGCGAAGGCCCUCCGUGAAAUUAUUCAUUUGGCUUUCCCUGGUUUUAUUAUUAGCUGCCAUGUUGUAUGUGGAGCAACGCAUUUAUUGGGGACUACUGAAUAUACCCCUGAAAGGUGUCUAUGUCCUUUAUAUAAGCAUGGUGCUGGCUAUUAUUCGUCCUUUGAUCUUGGGACAUCGACAUGAUCCCCGAGUCUGGAUCGUCAAUUCAGUGGCUAUGAUAGUCGGAGCUUAUGGAGUUUAUCAAUAUAAGGCCAAUAUACCCGUAUCGUCCUAUGUUUAUGCCGUCACUUGGUCGUUUCUUUUAUUUGCCUUUUUCUCGAUUGUGUACUUUGCCAAAUCUCUGCCAGAGGCCAGAAAAAGAUUGCAACUUAUUACCAUCAACAUCAUUACUGUUCUCAGUCUGCUGACCAAUUCUUGGAGCUGCUUGAAUGCCCAAAUCGUGAUAACUGAAUUUAUAUUCGGCCUUGAGCUCUACGAGGAAUCCAAGCCCACCAAAGAACGUGAAGACGAGCCGAAAUCGCUUAAGGGCCGAAAUUACUUAAAGGGCUGCUAUCGCUUUGGAUACAUGAUUCUUCUUUACUUCUUAGUGGCCUUCAUCCUGGCUGGACACUGGCUAUCCUCGUUCUUGUUCAAAUCAACAACCGCUCGGCUGUUUUAUCCUCAUUUUUCCCUUUACAUAGCCGGCAGCCUUGUCAUGCUGAAGAUCUUACUGCCUUCCCUGAUUUGCAUAUGCGCGCUAUAUGCCAUGGUGCCAUUUGUGCGGGCAAACACCAGAUCAAUCCUAAUCUGCGUUUUCCUGGUCAGCGAUACCAUGGGCCUCUACAAGUAUUACUUUGUGCAUAAUCGGGGAGCUUGGUAUAUGGUUCGCAUGUGUUUGGACCAGAUCUUACUAACCCAUGCUGUGAACUUCAUGCUACUGGCAGGUAUUUGUUUGGCUAAGAUCUUCCUGUGCGACACGACGAUGGAAAAGCCAGGACCAAAGAGGGCUAGGACUUCGCGAAACACUUUGGCACCCGAAGAAACAGAGGCCUAGUAUGUUUUUGGAACGUGUAGCUAAAUUAGCAGUGUAUGACUUUUGAUGUAACUAAGUUCGCAGUGUAUGACUUUUGAUGUAACUAAGUUCGCGGUGUAUGACUUUUGAUGUAACUAAGUUCGCAGUGUAUGACUUUUGAUGUAACUAAGUUCGCAGUGUAUGACUUUUGAUGUAACUAAGUUCGCAGUGUAUGACUUUUGAUAUUCAAAUACAAUCUAAAUUUCAUGUUAAUGAAAUCUAUCGAAAA